AUGGUCGGCAUACUACCGGUGUUGUUAGCAGGCUUUGCCAGCAGCGCAUACUCACACCCUACAAAGCCACACAAUCCUGGCUCCUAUCAUGAUGAUGCAGGAGUUCUUGACUUUGUCAACCCUCUUAUUGGAACCUACGGGACUACGCCUAAUGGCAACGGCGGGAUGAUUCCAUCCGUCUGUCCACCCUUCGGCAUGACUCGAUGGACACCUCAAACACGCGAGAACUUCAUAUCUCAAGUCCCCUAUGGCGACAGUGAUCGACUGAUUCAUGGAUUCCAAGCCACUCAUCAACCAGCCAUUUGGAUGGGUGAAUCUGGUCAGGUUGUGCUCACCCCAGGCAUGGGCGAGGUGCAGCCGUUGUUUCAAAACCGCGGCUUAGAGUUCCGGAAACAGGAUGAACAUAGCACGCCAUAUGUGUAUGAGAUUCUUGUUGAUGCCACUCAAAAGCUGGAUCGGAACUGGAAUGCGACGGCAGAGGCUGUGGGCGAUGGGCCUGUCCCGGGUGGUGCUGGAACGGUACCGGGGGAUGUGGAGCAGGGAGCUAAUGGUCGCACGCGGAAGCGUCGCGUUGACCCGGAGCUGCUUCGCAGUAGAGAGGAGGAAAAUUAUGAGCGAUCUAUUCAGGUUGCCAUGUCUGCUGAUACCCACGUCGGACAUCUUCGGUUUGAUUUCCAUGAAAAUACCGAUACGUUGGGCGGUGAUGGUCAAAAGGAGCCCUGGGUGUUCAUUCAAGCUUCCCGUCGUAAUUGGACCGGCGAAGUCAACAUCGAUGCAGAGACUCAGGAAGUAUAUGGCUACAACACGGAGCGCCAGGAUUAUCUCCUUGGCCCAGACAAAGCCUCCUCGUUCAAGGGAUACUUUGUAUCUCGCUUCUCUGAGCCUUUCUCGGAAUAUGGCGUUACCAAUGGCGGAUCUGUCAUGAAGCAUCAGGUCCACAGGCGUGGAAACUUCACCGGAGCAUAUGUCAAAUUUACCAACUCGACAUCCCGUGUUGAAGUGAGAACUGGAAUUUCCUACAUCAGUGUCACGCAGGCAAGAAAGAAUCUCGAGAUCCAAGCUCCGGAUGAUCACACUUUCGGGGAAACGGUGGAGAAGGUGAAGGCUGCCUGGCUAGAAAAGCUAGGUCGUGUUUCCAUCAAAGGUGUUAACAAAACUGCCCCGGAAAAUGAUCCUCGGACAAUCUGGUACACGGGCCUUUUCCACGCCUUGCAGUACCCCAGUGACUUUUCCGAACCAACCUCAAAUCAAUCUGAUGCCCCACGCGUUUUCUACUCUGGUUACACUGAUAGUAUCCACACCGAGACUGACUCUUACUACCAAUCUUGGUCGAUCUGGGACACUUACAGAGCCGAGCACUCUCUGCUAACGAUCUUCGCACCUGAGCGUGUGAACGGUAUGAUGCGGUCGCUGCUGCGCAUUUUUGACUGGUCAGGCUGGCUGCCGAUGUGGGCCAAUUUGGUGGAGACGAAUAUUAUGAUCGCGACAAAUGCAGAUGCCGUCAUCGCGAACGCAUUGGAACGUGGCUUCAAGGGCUUCGAUAUCAAGAAGGCAUGGAAGGCCGUCAAGAAGGAUGCAUAUACUCCCCCGGACCAUGACACCGACACGCUUUACUACGACCGCGAACCGGGAACAUCGUACGAGGUCCGCGCUGGCCUCACUGCGUACUUGAAGCAGGGUUGGGUAUCCAACGAUGGCUGGUCUGAAGCCGGUAGUCGCACAUUGGACUAUGCCUUUGACGAUCACGCAUGUUCGGUGGUCGCUUCUCACGCAGGAGAAAGCGAGGCAGCCAAAGCACUCAAAGCACGAAGCACUAAUUACGCAAACCUUUGGAACAACGAGACACAAUUCAUGCAAUCUCGAAAUGCAAAUGGUACUUGGGCGAAUAACACUUUCGGUUGGACAGAAGGGGACGAUUGGGUAUAUACGUUCGAUGUGAUGCACGAUGUGAAGGGUUUGGCGAGGCUUUUUGGAAGCCCUGAAGCUUUCCGUGACAAGUUGAAUGCGCAUUUCGACGGUGGUCACAACGAUCAUACCAAUGAGCCAAGUCACCAUGUUCCUUAUCUUUACUCUGCGCUUGGUUAUCCGCACCGGGCUGCUGAAGUUAUUAGGGAUGUCGCUUGGGCGAACUAUAAUGCCACCAGUGGAGGACUAGGCGGGAACGAAGAUCUGGGCCAGAUGAGUGCUUGGUAUGUCUUCUCUGCGCUGGGUUUCUACCCAGUCGAUCCUGCCAGUGAUCAUUACAUUGUUGGCACUCCAUUCUUUGAGGAGGUGACUAUCCGUCUUCCUGCUGGUGUCAGCACGGGGGGGAUUCGGGGGCCAUGA